ACAACCAACAGAAUUGGAUAUGACGACAUCAUCAAGGCUACAAAUGACUUCGACAUCAGAUAUUGCAUUGGAACGGGUGGCUAUGGUAGUGUCUACAGAGCACAAUUGCCCAAUGGCAAAGUAAUUGCUUUGAAAAAACUUCACCAUCUUGAAACAGAGGAGUUAGCCUUUGUCAAGUGUUUCAAGAACGAGGUGCAAAUAUUGAGUAAUAUACGACACAGAAAUAUAGUGAAACUAUAUGGUUUCUGCUUGCACAAUAGAGACAUGUUCUUGGUCUACGAGUACAUGGAAAGAGGAAGCUUGUUUUCCGUCCUGAGAAUUGAUGAAGAAGCCAUUGAAAUAGGAUGGACUCAACAGGUAAACACUGUUCAAGCAGUGGCACAUGCUUUGUCUUACUUGCAUCAUGAUUGCACCCCACCCAUUGUUCAUCGAGACAUAUCUAGCAACAACAUUCUACUCAACUCAAAAUUGGAAGCUGCCAUCAGGGAUUUCGGCACAGCUAGACUACUCUAUCCAGAUUCCUCAAAUCAAACUGUAGUUGCAGGCACUUUGGGUUAUGUUGCCCCAGAACUUGCCUACACUAUGGUUGUGACAGAAAAAUGUGAUGCGUAUUGCUUUGGGGUGGUGGCAUUGGAAACUAUCAUGGGGAAGCAUCCGACAGAACUCCUCUCGUCGUUGACAUCGCCUUCUACUCUGAGCAUGAAAUUAAUUGAUAUCUUGGAUCCACGUCUUCCUCUUCCAACUAAUCCAGUGGUUGUAGGUAAACUUGUUCUUGUUGCUAAAAUGGCUUUUGCAUGCUUGCAUUCCAGACCCAAAUCUCGACCAACAAUGUUAAAUGUGUCUCAAGAAUUCCUCUCAUCCAAGAAGGCCAUGGCUACACCUCUUCGUUCAAUUUCUUUGGAACAACUACAUCAUGCC